UUGCGCAUCUCUAAGUGUCACUCCCCCUCUAACAGAAUCUUUGUGACUGGCUCUUCUGGCUCGCUUGGUAUCUACUCAACAACCACAACAUCCACGCCCUCUUCUGAUGGAAAUACAGCUCGACAGCCUCAGAAUCCUAAUACCUGUUUGCAAUUACAUCGCCUGACUGCUCCCGCCUGGCGACCCUUCUCAGGCCAGCCGGGUUACUUACCCCACCUGGCGGGAAUAGCAGCCCUAGCUAUUAGCCCUGAUGGCCAGCAAGCUUUUGUGGCUGACGAUUCCGGACGUGUUGGUAUAAUGCGUGUUGACCGCAUGCCUGCUCCCCGGCUAGAAACUGGCUCGUCUGGAAUGGACAAUCAAUCUGGGGGCUAUGUUUUUGCGGACUCCGGGAAUACUUCUAGAGGUUAG